AUGACAAGUGUAUCCAGAUUUGGUGAAUUGAGAAAUGACUGGCAUUACUCAAAAGAUGAAUCACAUUUGUCGCCAGAAGAUUAUAAAUCAUAUACACAUUUAUUAACUUCUAGACCUAAAUUUCAUGAAGGUAGUUUUACCAUCAUUGAUAUGGUUGAUGGAUAUCAAUUUUUGAGAAUCAAAAAAACAAAUGAACUUACUCUGAUUAUUGGGAGGAGUAAUAGUUUGAAAGGUUCAAUAUCAACAACACAGGAGAAGUCAUCUAAUCAAGUUGAUGAACAAGAAUGGGUUAAAUUUCAAAAACUUAUAAGCAAAGAAACUCAAUUAAGUGAUCAAAUAGCUAAUGCAGAUGAUGAAGAAUUACAAAAAGAUAGAGAUGAGAUGCAAGAAAGAGAACAAGAAGGUUUUAUUAAAAGGUUAGAACGAUUAAAAGAGUUUGCUAAUAAUGUUCGUAAAUCCCGUGAAAAAAUAGAAAUUAAAUUUACAAAUUUGUCAAAAGCUAGUUUUUAA